AGACCGCACGAGCAACCAAGAGAAAAUCCAACUGUGCCGCAACACGUCUGGGCUCGCAGUCACAGCGCACGGCGUCAAAUCGAAAGAAUUUUGUAAGAGAGGAGUGAAACACAAUGAAUACGGAAGAUAACUCACACAGAGUUAACCGCGUUGACGAUAUGUUGCAGUCAAUCGGAUCUGCGAAGGGAGUUCCCAAAGAGCAGCCAGACAGAAACCAGUUGGUCUCAGGGACCACCGCAAGCGCGUUCCACAGCAGCACGGAGACUGAAAGCGGGAUCCGCGUUUUCAGCGAUACCAAGGCUGAGGCUGGAAUAGGCGCAGAAUUUGAUGGUUAUAAAGUUAGCGGAGUGAGCGUGUUGCAGCUGAAGUCGUUGUUUGAGUCCCAUAAAAGUGACGGUACCCGCCGAUAUCCCUGUCAAAACACACAAGGCAAGCAGAUGCCCAAAGAAAGGCGGAGGUCAAGGGAGGUCGGGCAAUCUGGAUCGCUGAAAGACAGGAGGGCGAGCCGCAGAUCUACCGAGAGUUGUAAUGGGAUCGCACCGAUGACAGAGCAAGUCGUCUACGCUGGUGGGAAACCUAAAGUGAACUCGACCGAGGAGCGGAAUGAUAAAAGAGUGCAGAGGGUUCCACAGGUGACGAUAACUCCCGAAUGUGGUGGUUGUCCCCGGGAGAUCCAAGAGGACGACUGGAACGAUAUAAAUGGUCCCCUCCGUCGAAGACUAUCGAACUCUUCAGUAUCUUCGACCGGUUCCUCUACUUUGCUUGAGGAGUCCGAAGACGACAUUCUUAGCGACAACGAGACCAAGAGCAAAGGAAUCAUUACUUUAGAGCAAGCCGAGGACACAGGCACACAGAACCGGCCCUGGUGGAAACUCAAGACCAUUGUCCACUGGCCCUUCGUUGCUUCACAGCGUAAGCGGCUAUCCUGGGUCCAGCUUGCUGGGCACAAAGGCAGCUUUAAGGCUGGUGAUGAAGGCACCAUUCUGAAGAAGUUCUCUGAGAACGAGAAGCUGUGUUUCGAGCGUUUGAGGGACGACAUGCUGCAGCCCUUUGUGCCAGGGUACCAUGGCGUUGUAGAGAGGGAUGGGGAGCACUUCUUACAGCUGACGGACCUUCUGGGGGACUUCGAUGGGCCCAGCGUCAUGGACUGCAAGAUGGGUGUGAGGACGUACCUGGAGGAGGAGCUGGUGCGCGCCAGAGAGAGGCCAAAGCUGCGAAAAGACAUGUAUGAGAAAAUGCUGGAGGUGGACAGUGAAGCACCCACCCCAGAGGAGCACCGGCAGCAGGCAGUCACCAAGCCCCGCUACAUGCAGUGGAGGGAGACCCUGAGCUCCACCCACACACUGGGAUUCCGCAUCGAGGGCGUCAAGAGACCAGAUGGGACGUGUAGCACAGACUUCAAGAAGACUCGUUUAAAGGAAGAGGUCAUCCAGGUUUUCGAAGACUUUGUGGCAGGGAACACGAACAUCACUAAGAAGUACCUCACUAAAUUAGAGGAGAUUCGCAGAGUCCUGGGAGCUUCAGAAUUUUUCAAGAAACACGAGGUUAUUGGGAGUUCCCUCCUCUUCAUCCAUGACCACACUGAGAGGGCAGAGGUAUGGCUCAUUGACUUUGGCAAAACAACUGCCCUCCCUGAGGGCCAAAUGCUGGAUCACCAGGUGCCUUGGCAGGAGGGUAACCGUGAGGACGGCUACCUGUGGGGGUUGGACAACCUGCUCAAGCUACUGCGCUCUGUGGCCAAGGAGUGAAUUUUGACUUGAAUCCCUGGAUGGACCUUGGUGUGGUCUCCUAAAAGGCACAUCUUAUUUCUUCAGCAGACUGUAUAAGCAGGGGAAUUCUAGGGCUGACACACACUUCAUAGGGAAGAGGCCCUGAGGGCGAAGUGACGACCACCAGGGAAAUGUUGGUUUGAGAUUCAUUCAACAAUGGCAUGACUAUGGUCUUGACUGAGCUUAUGCAUUCAUCUUCCUGAAUAGAUAUCCAGUAAUAUGUGUAUAUACUGUGUCUAUAACUACAUGUUUAUGCAUGAUGUUACUACCAACUAGAAUUAAGCUCAGUUUAGAAAUUCAAGAACUGGAUUUUUACAUCUUGGACAUGGAGACUGUGUUCAGAUUUAUCAGGUCAGUUCCCAGGCAAAAGACACAUUUGUUGUAGAGACAAUUCGUACAGAUAUGAAAUCUGGCUGUGUCACACUAAUGUAGUCUUUUUUACCACCCUUCAUGUGAAUGUCCCCAGUGAUUCCUGUUUGCCUGAUGUGUCCUCCCACAUACCCACUGGUGCUUACAUAACCAUGUGCCGAGCUUCACACAAUAUGAAAGAACUGGCAGCUUCACUUACCUCCCCCAUUUAGAGGGAAAAAGUCUCUACACAUUGGUAGCUUGUGUACAGAUUCAGUGACCUUCAGUAAAUACACUGAAUGAACUCUGUAUCUUUUAAUUGUUGGUUCCAGUUGUGGUGCAGCUGCAGUUGUCUGUGUCUGAUAGACAAGAAAGCACUCUGAAAGGCAUGCACUCAAAUCAGCAUUGAACAGGCAGGGGCAGAGAUGCAGGAACAAACAGGACAGGAGAGGACAGGCAGCAUCCUGCUACUCAACAGGUUUGUAGCUGCGGUGACUACAAAGAAGUGUCAGUGCUCCCUUCUGGAAGACUGUGAAGCCAGGACAAAAUGUCUUCUUAUUGAUAACUCCUGCUGUGAAAAUCAGAAGUGUGAGAAUGUUAUGGCAUCAGCAGCUGAUCGGCAGCAGCCACCUAUGAAAGUGUGGAUGUGUGGCUUUGCUUCACUUCAUCAUGCAGACCCACAGAAUCAUGCGCAUUGUAUUUAAAGACACAGGAUAAUGUUUACAAUGUUCAACACUAAAUGCUUUUGCACACGUCAACACCAAGCAACAUUUCCACAACCAAAAACAUGCUGUUGAUGUGUCAUUUAGUACUCUGCUUUUGGCUGUUUAGACAGAGGUCAAUCCAUUUUGAAAGCAUUUAACAGAUGCACUCAUAAAUACUUUUUGUACAUGACUAUUUUGAAAAACAUUUUUCAUAUUACAACAGGAUUAUAUGGCCACAAAUUCACCUGUUUGCAUCUUCUGUGAAAAUAUUAUUUUUUGAAUUCUACUAAAAAAUUGCAAUAUAAUAUAAUGAUGUUAAAAUACAUUUUAAAAUAACAAAAACACUUAUAUAAGUUGCCCCAAUAUUUUAGACAUUAUUUUGAGAUACUGUUUUUAAAACGCCACAGAUAUAUACUAGUGUAUUAGUCAUACCACGGUACUAGAGAACACGAACACACACACACACACACAAAUACACUGCACAAUGUAUCUCUUGCAUACAUUAGUGUGUAUUAAAAAUUAAUUAAAUGCAUUGCCUUUAUUUUUGAUAAUACAUUUUAACACCGCACCACUGUGUUAAUUAGCAUGGGCUGCAUAUUUUGGUUCAAAACAGUAAUUAUCUUUACAACACACAUAUUAAUUACCUUUAUUUCGAUUCCCAUCUACACUAUUCCUUACUACGGACGCAAGUUUUUUUUAGCCAUCCAGUGAUUCUGAAUCAGGGCUGAAAUGGCACCACACAGGCUGAUCAGCCCAUUGAUUGAUUUUACAUGUUUCAUUUCUCUUUCAUUGUCUGCUGUAACAUAACACACUGUGAUUUGAUCUUAGAAGGUCUAUUAUUUCUGAAAAUCUCAGCCUAUUUAUAAAAAUAAAUUAAAC